UACAAAAUCCGUGACAGCGGAGGCAGCAGCAGCAGUUUCACUCUGCUCAGAAACAACUUGAACUAAAGUGAGGACCUCGUCUUUUUUUGCCUUUCACUCUUUUAAAAUCAAAUUUGUGUUUUGUUUUUGUAUUUUCUCAUUGUUUUUAAUAAUUUCUUUUCUAUUUCAUCGCUGAUUGAUCUCUCGGAGUGCAGCAGUAUGAAGGUAUCAUGCAUCCUAAAUAGGGUUUCUGUCCUUGCUCCAAGUAGAGCAUGCAACCAUAUGCUCUGCUUUUUUUCCUGUCCGUUUUUUUUUUCUCAUUGGAGAUACCUGGCUUAUGUCUACUGCACUUUGUACUCCAAUUUGUACAGGUAAUUUCUUAAGGUAUGACAUUUUUGAAAAACCUGUCUUCACUGCACAUUUUUUUUUUAAAUCACUGGCAGAAUGUUUUUUAACCUGAAGAUUGGCAUCAAGCAGCUCAUUUCAAGGUGUCCCAUAUUGAUGUAUUGACAGAAGCUGUAGUGCAAAGACAGAAGGAGUACCACUUGGAUUUUCAUUCUGAGAUGGAGAGCACAUUUUGAAAUCAAAUGUCUAAAAGCAACAGGAUACUACUUAGUGCACAUUUUUUUACAGGUUAAAAAUAAUUUUUCUUUGUAAUUCCUUUUGUCAUUUUUUUAACUCCUUCAAAUGAACUGGAGGUUAAAUAUACGUGGAUUGUAAAGCCAGGAUGGACAUUUCAGACAAUUCCACUCCUGUCGGGGCCACAUUUCCAUCCACCUUACAACCUAAUUCAUCUGCAGAUGGCGUCAACCAGACCUCCUCUUCGCUGGCCAAAUCCCCUCCUCUUCCUCCUCACUCGCAAGUGGCGUCGGUGUGCAUUGUGUUGGUAGUUGCAGUUAUCAUCUUGGGAACUGUGGUGGGAAACGUGCUGGUGGUGGUGGCUGUUUUCACCAGCCGAGCCCUUAGGGCCCCUCAGAACCUCUUCCUGGUGUCUCUGGCUUCGGCGGACAUCCUGGUGGCAACCCUGGUCAUCCCCUUUUCACUGGCCAAUGAGGUCAUGGGCUACUGGUACUUUGGCUCCACCUGGUGCUCCUUUUAUCUGGCUUUGGAUGUCCUCUUCUGCACCUCCUCCAUUGUCCACCUCUGUGCCAUCAGCCUAGACCGAUACUGGUCCGUCACCAAAGCUGUCAGCUACAACCGCAAACGGACCCCCAAACGGAUUAAAGUGAUGAUCAGCAUUGUGUGGCUCAUAUCCAUCGUAAUCUCCUCCCCACCUCUCCUCAUGUCCCAGAAAGACAGUGACUCUGACACAGAAGAUGGGCGUGAGAUGAGCAGGCAGGAGUGUCUCAUCAACAACCAGACGUGGUACAUUCUCUCCUCCUGCAUGGUGUCCUUCUUUGCCCCUGGUGUCAUCAUGAUCCUUGUAUACUGUAAGAUCUACCGCGUGGCCAAGCAGAGAGCUUCCACCGUGUUUGUGGCGAAGAAUGUGAUGGAGAGGCAGCCGUCACAAUCCGAGACCUGCUUUGUUGGCGCUGGAGGUACCUGCCAGAGAAAAGGCAAGGCUCAGUAUGAGCCUGAGAGCCCCCUGCCUGGACACCGACGCAACUCCUCUCACGUGGAUAGCAACAGCAGCAUUCAUAGAAGAGGAGAGCUGGAUGAUAUUGAUUUAGAGGAGAGGAACUCUGAACCUGAUGUGAAAGAGACAUUUUCCUCAACCCUCCGUUUCCCCCGCAGAGUUGUUGGUAGAGGAAAAACAGAUGAUGGCAAGGACAUUGAAGGAACAGCCAAUAGACUCAAACUUCCUCCUCCUCCACCAUCCUGCGCCUCCAUAUCUUGGGCCUCCUCUGACCAGUGCUCACAGAACCUCCUGCUGCCAUCUCCGCUCCCUGUCCGCAAUAGACAGAUGUCUCUGUCCAAAAACAAGGUGGCACAGAUGAGAGAGAAGCGCUUCACCUUCGUCCUGGCUGUAGUGAUGGGGGUUUUUGUGCUUUGCUGGUUCCCGUUCUUCUUUACAUACAGCCUACAAGCAAUCUGCAGAGAGAAUUGUACCAUUCCAGAAACGCUGUUUGAUCUGUUUUUCUGGAUCGGAUACUGCAACAGCUGCCUGAAUCCCAUCAUUUACACAAUUUUCAACCGAGACUUCCGCAGGGCUUUCAAGAAGAUUCUGUUCCACGUGCAUAAAAAGACAUGAGAGGAUGUGUUUGAACGUGCGCAGGUUCAGUCUUGUUCUCCACUGUGCUGUCAAAUCUACAUUAAAGGGCUUGUCAUACAGCCGGCGUAUUGCCUCAUUAUUCAAGAGUUCCUGUCCAUCCACCCAUCCAUCCAUUAACCUAACCUUUGUGAGAAAAAAAAAAUCUGAUCUAAAUUCAGUGCAAGUUUCUGACCAAUGAAUCUUGAAAAGUUGGAAUAAUAGAUAUGGAGACUGUGUAUGAAAUCUGUCAUUCUUCCACUGUCUAAUCUAAUAAAAAAUCAAUUU